CGGCGGCCCGAGAGGCCACACUGCGCUCGCGUCGGGGCGGCGGAGCACACGCGGAAUCGGCGGAGCGAGUGCUGAGUCGGUGCCGCCGCCGGCUCCCCCCUCACCCGGGAGACGCUUCGGGGCCGCGGAGCCUUGUGGGGCCGCCACAAAAUGGAGGCGAACGGGAGCGGUAGCGGGAGCAGCAGCGACUCGGCUCCCGACUGCUGGGACCAGGCGGACAUCGAGCCGGGCAGCGGCGCCGGCCCGGGCUGCGCCCCGCCGGCCGCGGAGGCCGAGGCGCAGCAGGAGCUGCUCGGGGCGGCCUUCAGCCGGCAGCUGAACGUCAACGCCAAGCCCUUCGUGCCCAACGUCCACGCCGCCGAGUUCGUGCCGUCCUUCCUGCGGAGCGGCCCGGCGCCCGGCCUGCCGCCGCCCUCGCCCCCGCCCGGCCUCCCGCCGCCGCCGCCGCUCGGUGCACCUGUAGAGCCUUCUCCAGAGGAGCAGACAGCCUCUUGUGAAGGUUCAAAUGCUGCUGUUAACAUGGAAAUUUCAGAGUCUGUUGUGGAAAAUGGAGAGACAGAAAUGUCCCCAGAAGAGUCAUGGGACCACAAAGAAGAGCCCAGUGAAGCAGAGCUUGGAGGUGGCCCUGCAGGGGAUGCGGGGCCUUCUGAAGAGAGCGCUCAGGAAAUGAUGGAGGAGGAGGAGGAGAUACCAAAACCCAAAUCUGUGGUGGCACCUCCAGGUGCUCCUAAAAAAGAGCACGUCAAUGUAGUAUUCAUUGGACACGUAGAUGCUGGCAAGUCAACUAUUGGAGGACAAAUAAUGUAUUUGACAGGAAUGGUUGACAAAAGAACACUUGAAAAAUAUGAAAGAGAAGCUAAAGAAAAAAACAGAGAAACAUGGUACCUUUCAUGGGCCUUAGACACAAACCAAGAAGAACGAGACAAAGGUAAAACAGUAGAAGUGGGUCGUGCCUAUUUUGAAACGGAGAAGAAACACUUCACUAUUUUAGAUGCUCCUGGACACAAGAGCUUUGUUCCAAAUAUGAUUGGUGGGGCUUCUCAAGCUGAUCUUGCUGUGCUGGUUAUUUCUGCAAGAAAAGGAGAGUUUGAAACUGGAUUUGAGAAAGGUGGACAAACAAGAGAACAUGCCAUGUUAGCAAAAACAGCAGGUGUAAAGCAUUUAAUAGUUCUUAUUAAUAAAAUGGAUGAUCCAACUGUAAACUGGAGUAAUGAAAGAUAUGAGGAAUGUAAAGAGAAACUGGUGCCAUUUUUGAAGAAAGUUGGCUUCAAUCCCAAAAAGGACAUUCAUUUCAUGCCCUGCUCAGGACUGACUGGAGCAAACCUUAAAGAACAGUCAGAAUUCUGUCCUUGGUAUAUUGGAUUACCAUUUAUUCCAUACCUGGAUAAUUUGCCAAACUUCAACCGUUCAGUUGAUGGACCAAUCAGGCUGCCAAUUGUGGAUAAAUAUAAGGACAUGGGCACUGUGGUCCUUGGGAAGCUGGAGUCGGGCUCUAUUUGCAAAGGACAACAGCUUGUGAUGAUGCCAAACAAGCACAAUGUGGAAGUUCUUGGAAUUCUUUCUGAUGAUGUAGAAACUGACUCAGUAGCCCCAGGUGAAAAUCUAAAGAUCAGACUGAAGGGAAUUGAAGAGGAAGAGAUCCUGCCAGGAUUUAUUCUCUGUGAUCUCAACAACCUUUGUCAUUCUGGACGCACAUUUGAUGCCCAGAUAGUGAUAAUUGAGCACAAAUCCAUUAUCUGCCCAGGUUAUAAUGCAGUGCUGCACAUCCACACCUGUAUUGAAGAAGUUGAGAUAACAGCCUUAAUCUGCUUGGUAGACAAAAAAACAGGAGAAAAAAGUAAGACACGGCCCCGUUUUGUGAAACAAGAUCAAGUCUGCAUUGCCCGUUUAAGGACAGCAGGAACGAUCUGCCUUGAGACAUUCAAAGAUUUCCCUCAGAUGGGUCGCUUCACCCUAAGGGAUGAGGGUAAGACCAUUGCAAUUGGAAAAGUUCUGAAACUGGUUCCAGAGAAGGACUAAGCAUUUUUCUCAAAGACCCCGCACAAUACUGUGAGGAAAAUCGACUCAGCAAAAGCCUACUUCACACCGCCGUCUUAUUUUCUGCCCAUUGAUAAACUUCUCCCCAUAUUUUGCAAAGACAAAUUUCACAGCAAAGGUCCACAUUAUGUCAGCUUUCUCAUAUUGAGAGCUCUGCUAUGCCACUGUUGAAUUUUCCCAAAAACAAUUUUUUUUUUCUCCCAAAUUCUGCUUCCUUGGAAAGAUUCGGCAAUAGCUUUGUAAGUGAUGUGGACAUAAUUGCCUAUAAUUAUGAAAAUCUAAAGGAUUUUUAAUGUUUAAUUUCCCCCAGCAUCUCUAUUAAGACCUCUUUUUUCCAGGCAGAUCAUUCAGAGUGUGCGAGUGUGUGUGCACAUGUUACAAAGAUGACUACCAUGUUAAUAAACUAUUCAAUUUGAAAUCUU